AUGAAAGUGUUUGACAUUGUUAUAAUAGGAAGAAAUGUAUCAGCAAUAACCGCAGCAAUAUACGCAGGCAUGUCAAACAGUAAAACUCUCUACAUAAACUGCCCAGAUGAAACAAGCGUUGUUACAGGCGUUAACAGAUACGUUGGGUACAAGGAAGGCACAUACGAGGCAUUUCGCAUGAACGCAUACAAGCAGAUGAGUAAAUUCAAUGUGGAAGAAAGCACUGCUGAAGUAAAAAAGAUUGAAAUUGAGAAGGCGCAGGCAAGAAUAUUUUCCAACGAAGAAAUACUGGCAAAAACACUCAUUAUCUCUACAGACGAAACGCUUAAACUAAUAGUUGGAGAUGUAAACAGCAAGUUCCUAUUUAGAUGUGGAAAUUUAGUGAAGGACCAAACAGAAAUGAUUGCAUUAGCUGGAACAGGAUGUAUGGCCGCCAUGAAUGCCAGAACAUUCAUUGCAGAAAACAACUAA